AUGGCGGCACAGCCAGGAGAGCAGCCCGCCGGGGAGGAGAGAGGUCGGCAGAGGCGGCUGCAGAGGCGGCUGCAGAUGGAUACGGAGGGCAGGAAGUUGAAGGGAGGCAUCCAGAGGAGCACGGAGACGGGUCUGGCUGUGGAGAUGCCAAGUCGGACCGUCCGCCAGGCCAGCCACGAGUCUAUAGAGGACAGCAUGAACAGCUACGGCUCCGAGGGAAACCUGAACUACAGCGGCAUGUGUCUGGCAUCGGAUGCACAGUUCAGCGACUUCCUGGAUGGGAUGGGACCUGCUCAGUUUGUUGGGCGACAGACGCUGGCAACAACAUCCAUGGGUGACGUAGAGAUCGGCCUGCUGGAGAGGAACGGGGCUCUGGAGGUGGAGGUGAUCCAGGCCAGAGGACUUACCAUGAAACCAGGUUCCAAGGGACCUCCAGCGGCCUACAUCAAAGUUUACCUCCUGGAGAACGGGAUCUGUGUGGCCAAGAAGAAGACCAAGUCAGUGAGGAAGUCUCUGGAUCCUCUCUACAACCAGGUCCUAGUCUUCUCUGAGAGCCCGCAGGGGAAAGUGGUGCAGGUGAUCGUUUGGGGCAACUACGGACGGAUGGACCGCAAAUGCUUCAUGGGUGUAGCUCGAAUCCUAUUGGAGGAGCUGGAACUCAGCACAAUGGUGAUUGGCUGGUACAAGCUCUUCCCCACCUCCUCCAUGGUGGACCCAACGAUGGCGCCACUCAUCCGCCACUCGUCCCAGAUGUCCCUGGAGAGCACCAUUGGGCCCUGCUGUGAGCGAUCCUAAGACUCAAGAAAAAUAUCACGUUUUUUGUUGUUGCGACUAAAUUUGCUGUCUCAACCAAAUCCUAACACAUCCUGUACUGUUAAGGAACCAUACUCAAGGACGCUCUGACAGGUCCAACCACACUUGGGACUGAACCACUCCCCUGAUUGAGAAAUGACUUUACUAACUAGUAAGUCAUUGGAAAUGCGCUGUAAUACUUUUGAUAUUGUAGCAGGGUUUCCUGGGACUCACGGGAAGCACAUUUCUUGUGUUAUUGCAACCGACCGCCCCUCAGACUCACAGGAAAAUGUUGCUUUCUUCAGAUCUCUUUGAUGAGAAAACAAAAACCUACUUAAUGAGGA